GUGCGCCUCGGGGGGGUAGACGCUGGAGCUACCCCGCUGUGUGGCUCUCAGAGGAGUCCCGGUGCUAAGGGUACUCGGGUACGGGCUUCUGGGCGGACGCCAGUUUUCAGCUCUGCCGGGGGUGGUCCCCGGGGGCGAGGGGCUCGCCGCGCCCUGUGUCGCUUUCGGGGGAGCCGUCAGACUUUCUGGUCCGAAGCGAGCACACCAUUUGAUAUCCCCAGCAGCAGGGCACGAGGCUCGGGUUCCCCGCGUCCUCGCCCUCCCUCGGCCAUCUGAGCGCAGCCAGCUUCCGUGUCGGGUGGUGUCUGUGCUGGGGUUUGGACUUGCGUUUUCCUGAAGCUGAACGACGUCGGACGUCUUUGCGUGUGCUUACGGGCGUCUGCGCGUCUUUAGAGAAGUGUCUGUUCUCUAAACCCAGUUUCAGCUGGCUUUUCUUUAUCACAGACCCGUAGGAGCGCCUCGUGGGUUCUGGGUCCGGGUCCUCCUCGGUGUGUGGCUGGCGCAUCUGUCAUUCUGUUGCUUGUCUUUCCACUUGCCUGGUUGGCUCCUUUUUGAAGCAUGGAAGUUUCUAAUUGUGAUGGAGGCCGUUUUACCCGCCAGGUGCCGGUUUGUAGGAACCCAGAGCCUAAUCCAAGGGAGCCUGCUGACUUUAACCCUUGCCUGUCCGGUCUGUUUUCUGGGUGCCAGCCGGCUGACCUCAGCCUUCACGUCACAGGUGCAGUGAGGAAAGGAUCUCGAGAUGAGAUCAUUCUGGAAUGUGUGAGUGGGCUCAAACCCCAGGACAGGUGUCCUCCCACGAAUAGGAGAGGACCCAGACACGGGGCGGGUGUGGGAAGAUGGCACUCGGAGGGACGGGGCCACCAGCCCAGCACCGCCUGGAGCCCUUAGGAGCUGGACGAGGCAGGAGGGAUCACGCCCUGGAGCCUUUGGAGGGAGGGCGGCCCUGCUGGGAGAGAAUAAAUUCCCAUUGUUUUGAGACCCCCAGCUGGUGAGUUUGUUAUGGCGGCUUCAGGAGGCUACUUGUGUGGGGGAAGUCACGCCUUUUUCUCUCUUCCGGAAUCCUACUCUCACUCUCUGGUUCAGUGCUUCCCGUCCUGGGCGCUGGCAGCCAGGCAGGGUGCGGGGUGAAGCAGGUUUUGGGAUGACGCAGCCAGGGUUGGACCCCGGGCACUUGCCAGCGGGCCCGUUCUGAGCCCCCUGCUCCACCUGCCUGAGCUCACUGCCCGCUCUGCGUCGAGCACUAUGGUGUCACCCCCUCGGGAUUCGCUGUGGGGGACCCAGUGAGACGCCCAGCGCCGGCUACAGGGCCCGGUUCCCAGCAUCGCUCACUCGGUGAGCGCCGGUCCAGCUGUGCGCUCCUGGGCCACAAUCCCGGCUCCCUUUUCGCAUCCACGCCUGCCACUCAGCAGGUCAAACGCUCACUCAACGCCUCUACGCGGAGCCUGCAAAGACCAACAGUCUGCUGGUGACACGGUCAGGGGAUGGAGACCGUUGGAAACCACAUGGAGAAAAAGCCCUGGGCGCUGAUCUGGUGUCCGCCAGAUAAGGACUGAUCGGGGGCCAGGCACCUGCUGACUGCCUGGGCCUUUGCACGCUCUUGAGUCCACAGCGGGCCCCACAGCCCACGGCGAGCUGCAAGUGGGGCCCAAGAAAUGCCGCUGAACCAGCUGGAGCGAGCCUGAGCCCUGUCCCUGAUGGCUGACAACUAUCUGAUCUUGAAGUCUGGAUUUGGGGCCAUGGAGGAACCGACGGCCGGCAGCCCAGUCCUCUCAGAGAAGGCGGUCCCCGCGGCCCCCAGCCCCUCUCUGUCCUCGCUGGGCGCUGUCUUCAUCCUCCUGAAAUCCGCGCUGGGGGCCGGCCUGCUCAACUUCCCCUGGGCCUUCCACAAGGCGGGUGGGGUGACCCCCGCCUUCCUGGUGGAGCUGGUCUCCUUGGUCUUUCUCAUCAGCGGGCUGGUCAUCCUGGGCUAUGCUGCCUCUGUCAGCGGCCAGACGACCUAUCAGGGUGUGGUUGGAGGGCUGUGUGGCCCGGCCUUGGGGAAGCUGUGUGAGGCCUGCUUCAUCGUCAACCUGCUCAUGAUCUCCGUGGCCUUCCUCAGGGUGAUUGGGGACCAGCUGGAGAAGCUGUGUGGCUUCCUGCUGCCCAGUGCCCCCCCGGCCCCGCAGCCGUGGUGCAUGGACCAGCGCCUCACCCUGCCCCUGCUCUCCGCACUGGUCAUCCUGCCCCUGUCCGUCCCACGCGAGAUCGGGUUCCAGAAGUACACCAGCGUCCUAGGCACCCUGGCCGCCUGCUACCUGGCCCUGGUCAUCGUGGUGCAGUACUAUACCGGGCCCCAAGGCCUUGCUCGUGAGCCCCGCCCCGCACAGAGCCCCUCCUCCUGGACCUCCGUGUUCAGCGUCUUCCCUACGAUCUGCUUCGGGUUCCAGUGUCACGAAGCCGGGGUGUCCAUUUACUGCAGCAUGACCCAUCGGAGCCUCUCCCAUUGGGCCCUGGUCUCCGUGCUGUCCCUGCUGGCCUGCUGCCUCGUCUACUCACUGACAGGGGUUUACGGCUUCCUGACCUUUGGGGCAGAAGUUUCUGCGGACAUCUUGAUGUCUUACCCGGGCGAUGACGUGGUCAUCAUCGUGGCCCGGGCCCUCUUCGGAGUGUCCAUCGUGACCGUCUACCCCAUUGCGCUCUUCCUGGGGAGGUCGGUGAUGCAGGAUCUCUGGAGGAGGAGCUGGUGCCUGGCGUGUGGGCCCGGGGCCCUGGCGGAGCCCUCGGGGCCGUGGGUCCGGGUGCCACUGACUGUCCUGUGGGUCGCCGUGACGCUGGCCAUGGCCCUGCUCCUGCCCGACCUCAGCGAGAUCAUCGGCAUCAUCGGCGGGAUCAGCUCCUUCUUUAUCUUCAUUUUCCCGGGUCUGUGCCUCAUCUGUGCCGUUAAUGUCCAGCCUGUAGCUGCACGCGUCAGGUGCUGUUUGGAGGCGUGGGGAGUGGUCUCCGUGCUCGUGGGCACCUUCAUCUUCGGGCAGAGCACGGUGGCAGCCGCCUUGGAACUCCUCUGAGCGGGAGGGGGUCGGCCCGGCCCCAUGGCUGCCCUGGUGCAGCUGCCUGCGUCCGGCUGUGCGACCCGUGUCCUUGCCUCAUAAAGAUGCUGGAGAAAUGGAUACCUUCUGCCUCCUGAGGCUGCUCAUUUGGGCUUCUGCUGGUUCAGAGGGUUUCGGGCGCAGUGCCGAGGAGGGCGGAUUCGGGUCCUCGGGCCGCCCUAACAAGGACCACAGCCUGGGGGCUUCGAAGGGCAGAAGGGUCCCCUCACCGUCUGGGGGCGGGAGCCCGAGAUGCAGGUGUGGGCAGGGCCGCGCUGCCUAUUGGGGGGGAUCCCCUGCUCCUUCCGGCCUGCGGUGUGGCUGGCCAUCCGUGGCGGCUCUUGGCCUUCCCUUCCCGCGUGGUCAUCUGCCCUGUGUGUCCUUCCAAGUCUCUUUUUUUUAAAGUUAGAGACCGUGAGAUCCAGUGGGGGAGGGGUAGAGGGGAGGCGGCUAGAGGAUCCCUGCGCUAACAGGGGAGAGCUGGACGCGGGGCUCGAACUCGCGCGCGAGAUCGUGACCUGAGCCGAAGUCGGACCCUUAACCGACAGAGCCACCCAGGAGCCCCGAGAUUUCCCUCCUCGUAUGAGACCCCAGUCAUUGGAUUAGAGCCACCUUCGUCCAGGAUGACCUCAUCUGAAUUUACUUCCUUAGGGUCUGCAAAGAUCCUGUUUCCAAACAAGGUCACAGUCACAGGCUCUAGGAGUGGGGACUUCAACCUAAUAUUUCUAAGAGACACACUUCAUAACAGAAGUAGGGGCUGAGGCCCAGGGAGCCCUGCUUUGGCCCACACUCCGAUGGGAGGGUCCCAGGGAUUGUCCCUUUCCCUCUGGCUGGACCCGAAGAGCCUGGAAACCCAGUGAGCUGUGUGUGGUUCCCUCCUGCCCCCCCCCCCCCAAUUCCGGGUGUCACGCCUGCGGCUGAGGGCGAGGGGCCCAGAGGUCUGCCCCAGGGUCAGGGUCGGGGGAACGGGGGUGGGGGGAGAGGCAGCUUGCGGCCCAGCUGCUCCUGGGUCGCUGUGCUUGCCAUCACUGACCCUCUAUGGGACCUGGGGUGUCCUGGAGGUCGCUGCGUUCGGGCCACUCUCCCUCUGCCUUGGGACGUCUCCCGGAAGCUGGAGGUUGGCUGUGGCCAGAUCCAGGAGGGGCUGACGUUUGAGGACCUCUCCCUCAGGCCUGUCCACCUGCAUGAUUUGCUUUCAGCUCUAACUCACCUGCCGUCAAGUUCACCCUUGCAAAGUAUACGAUUCAGUGGGUGUUAGCCGAGGCACAACGUUGUCCAGCCGUCACCAGCUGGACGUUUUUGUCACCCCAGGGAAACCCGCACUCAUUAGCAGUCACUCCCCAGCCCCGGGAACCGCGAAUCUGCUGUCUCUGCAGAUCUGUUCCUUCUGGACGUUCUGUACCAAUGGACUCGUUCGAUACGCGGCCUCCGUGUCUAGCUCCUUUGAGGUCGCGUAAUGUUUUCAAAGUCAUCCAUUUUACAGGGGGAGGCAGCUGAGACUUGGAAAAGUCCAGGCUGCUUGUCCUGUGAGCUACAGAGCUGGGGUCGGGACCAACCAGGGGGUGGGGCGGGGGGGGUCACGUUCCACCGUCCACUUUCUUUCUAGUGCCCACUCCCGAGUGGCCAAGGGGGUGUGACCCCAUCCACCCAGCCCCAGGACGAGGAUGCACCUGCUGCCUCCUCCGCCCUGGUUGCAUGUGUAGACUCUGACCCAGUAAUUGGGGCACCAGCGUCUCCUACACGGGCCUUCCGACAAGCUACACACCCUGCCACACACCGUGGGUCCGGUGGCCACGGAACCAGGACAAGGUGCUGCGGCAGAAGUGCCCCACAGCCAGCGAUGUGAUCCUCAUAGGACUGUCACCUCAACCAUCAUCAUGCAAGGACACGAUGCCGUCAGAGAAAUGCCCGCUGGGCCAUCACCCUCUGAUGUCCCCCCCGAUGGAGGACCGCCCCCGCACACCUCCGGCGGGAGGUUCGGGAUUUGAACUGGGCACAGCAAGAAUGUCGUCGGCCAUCAAACGCAGGUGGUGAAGGUCUCCAUUUGGGCAGGACCCCCUGCACACCCAGCUUCCCUGUACCUGGCACCAAGAUCCGGGAGAAGGCCUCGGGCUGACUCAGCGUGUCCACCUUGACGUGCCGGAAGGCCUUGCACACGGGGCUCUGCAGGUGCCUAACUCAUAGACCACGAAGGUGAGGCCAUCAGCCAGCCUCACUGCCGCGAUGCUGGGGAGAGAGAGGCUCCAGCUGGAGGGCUGCCCCCCAAGAGCCUGGCAGAGGUGGGAGGGGCCCCCAGCACUGGCCCUCCGGUGUGUUCAGUGAGGAUCCCCGCCACCUGAUGCCAGGCCUGGUCCCGGAAGGGGGCCAGGAAAUACUCACUGAACGAAUCACAACGCAACGACAGUUGAAAAGGCCUUACUGCCAUUUAAAAACCCCACCUUUCAAAAUAAAAACAUCUUCCUCCUCC